GUAAGGAACCUUCACAAUUUUAGGAAGAAAAAUGAAAUAGGAUAUAUAUCUUAACAAGGAAAGGCUGGGUCUUCUUCUUAGUCUCCACUUCCCUAUUUUGGUGAGGCUCUGAGUAAAAAAGAAAAAAAUAGUGCAGAGGCAGUCAGCCUCCAUAGCCAGCCGAAGAUGGUGAGGGGGAAGACGCAGAUGAGGCGAAUAGAGAACGCGACGAGCCGCCAGGUGACCUUCUCGAAGCGGCGGAACGGGCUGUUGAAGAAAGCCUUCGAGCUCUCGGUCCUUUGCGAUGCCGAGGUUGCACUCCUCAUCUUUUCUCCCCGAGGAAAGCUGUACGAGUUCGCGAGCGCCAGCAUGAAAGAGACAAUAGAGAGGUACAGGAAGCACACAAAAGACACUCGAAUGGGGCAACCAUCAAUCGAUGAAGACCUUGAGCACUUGAAGGAUGAAGCGACAAACAUGAUGAAGAAGAUAGAGCAUCUUGAGGAUUCAAAAAGGAAACUCUUGGGAGAAGGUCUAGGUCCCUGCACCAUAGAGGAAUUGCAGCAUAUUGAACAGCAGCUCGAACACAGUGUUAGCAGUAUUCGAGCAAGAAAGACGCAAGUUUACAAGGAGCAGAUUGACAAACUUAAGGAAAAGUUAUUUCGAAAUCCAGGAGAAAACGUUGCAGGCAGAAAAUGCAGUGCUCUCAGAGAAGUGUGGCAGAAUCACCCCCACCCGAGUAGUGAGCGAACCAAGGGAAAUACUGAGAGAGAGUAGCCCUAGCUCGGAGGUGGAGACCGAAUUGUUCAUCGGACCGCCGGAAACAAGAUUGAGUCUCGUUCCUUUGUUUCCAAAAUAGUUCCUGCAUGCUUAUGGUAGUGUUAUAGCCAAUUCAACCAGAUUACACAUUUUGGAUGUUUGAAGCACAGCAACAAACUCCAAUGGCCGGCAAUAAUGUAUAUUUAUAUGCUUAUGUUCGGGGAAUCUAUCCUAUCCUUUAAGACACCAACUGUUGGGAUGCAAUGCUUUCGGCUGUAAUCAUAAUGUAAAAGUGCACUGAUAUAUAUCGUGCUUGUGAUUUUCUUACUGUAAUGUAUAUGUCUAGCAGUAGUCAUCAUCUUGAAAAGCAUAUGGCUAUUGGCUAGAAACAGUUACCUAUGUUCUUCGAAGGCCUCCUGUUGUACUUGA